AUGGGCCAACUUAUUACAAAAUUCAUGUGUUGCACGCUAUUUACAAUUGCACUUCUCUCCUUUGCUGAGUUGACAUUCUCUUACCCUCAAACACGACUCACACUAGCUCUUGUAAUGCUUCCCCUCACUAUCAGCCUUUUCCACACCAUCUUCAACCACUCAAACAACCUCCCUCCCGGCCCACGCUCCAUCCCCAUUUUCGGCAACUGGCUCCAAGUUGGCAAUGACUUGAACCACCGCCUCCUCGCCACCAUGUCACAAACGUAUGGUCCAUUAUUUUUGCUCAAACUUGGCUCGAAAAAAUUAGCCGUGGUAUCAGAUCCUGAGCUAGCCAACCAAGUCUUGCACACACAAGGUGUCGAAUUUGGUUCCCGCCCACGGAACGUUGUAUUUGAUAUCUUUACAGGCAAUGGGCAGGACAUGGUCUUCACCAUUUAUGGUGAUCAUUGGCGCAAAAUGCGACGAAUCAUGACUCUCCCAUUUUUCACUAACAAAGUGGUACACCACUAUAGUGAUAUGUGGGAGGAAGAAAUGGACACAGUUGUUCAUGAUUUAAUGAAUGACCAGAAAGUAAGAAAGGAAGGGAUAGUGAUAAGAAAACGCUUGCAAUUGAUGCUAUAUAAUAUCAUGUACCGGAUGAUGUUUGAUACGAAAUUUGAGUCACAAGAGGAUCCAUUGUUCAUCGAGGCAACUGGGUUUAAUUCCGAGAGAAGCCGGCUGGCUCAGAGCUUCGAGUACAACUAUGGAGACUUCAUCCCUUUGCUUAGACCAUUCUUAAGGGGGUAUUUGAACAAAUGCAGGGACUUGCAGCGUAGGAGGCUUUCAUUUUUCAACAAUUACUAUGUUGAGAGCAGAAGGAAAAUAAUGGCUGACAAUGGAGAGAAGCACAAGAUAAGUUGUGCCAUUGAUCACAUACUAGAUGCUCAAAUGAAGGGAGAAAUCAGUGAAGAGAAUGUGCUCUACAUUGUAGAGAACAUUAAUGUAGCAGCAAUAGAGACUACUCUGUGGUCCAUGGAGUGGGCCAUAGCUGAGCUGGUCAACCAUCCGACCGUCCAACGCAAGAUUCGAGAUGAAAUCACAGCCGUCCUUAAAGGAAAUCCAGUCACAGAAUCUAACCUACAUGAAUUACCAUACUUGCAAGCCACAGUAAAAGAAACAUUGAGGUUACACACUCCAAUACCUUUAUUAGUACCACACAUGAACCUUGAAGAGGCUAAGCUAGGAGGUUACACUAUCCCUAAAGAGUCAAAGGUGGUUGUCAAUGCUUGGUGGCUGGCCAACAACCCAGCAUGGUGGAAAAACCCAAACAAAUUCCGGCCAGAGCGUUUCUUGGAAGAGGAGAGUGGCAUGGAAGCCGUGGCUGGUGGCAAGGUUGAUUUCCGGUACUUGCCAUUUGGUGUGGGUAGGCGGAGCUGCCCUGGAAUAAUACUUGCACUGCCAAUCCUAGCGCUUGUGAUCGCGAAAUUGGUAACAAAUUUCGAAAUGCAAGUACCAUUGGGGAUGCAAAAGAUUGAUGUAAGCGAAAAAGGAGGGCAAUUCAGCUUGCACAUUGCAAAACAUUCGACCGUUGUCUUCAAUUUGGUCAAGCCAUAAUUUGUACCGUGUUUGAAGCUUCAUUUGGGCAAUGUAUCCAUAGCCAUUAUAAUAAUGUUGUACGUUUUCUACUAAUUUAUUUCAC